AUGUCCGUCUCCCACCACUACUGUGUCCUCAUCGAGGACGAGGGGAUCGCCCUCUGUGGGCUCCUCAUUAUCGACCCUAUAGGGUACCCUCAGCUGGACAAGCAAAUUACGAUCAACGACCUCCCCGUGGGCCGCUCUGUCGAGGGGACGAUCCGGGCAUUCCAGUUCUCCCGGAUUUACUUCCACGUGAUCGGACCGGUCUCUAAAUCUACCGGCUGGCAGUAA